ACAUUGCAUGUGUCACUGUCUGACUGACCGAGUGGAAACUAUAGUUGUUGUUAACCACAGAGUGCUAUGUUAUAAUAUCUAAGGACUGUGUGUAAAUAUAAUAGGAAUAAAAAAAUACACCUAGUAUUUCAUACCCUAGUGCAAGUAUUGAUUUUUCAUCGAGGUGCGCCGAGCGCCGAGGGAGGUAGUGUACUUUCUGAACUUCCAGUUACCUGGAGGCAGCUCACACUACUCGUGCGUUAAAUAGUGUAUUUCAGAAGGCACAAUGGAGAAAGGCUGGAAUCCGCCUCCAUAUGGGUGGGGUAACGCGCACACGACUCAGCCGCCACCGGCCGCGCCUCCCAGCUACUCUCAAGCGGUUGGGGGUGUUGGACCUUCCAGCCCUUACACACCACAGUACCCACCAUCAUCUGGACCUUCCAUAGUGACGACGGUAGUGCCAGUGGGUCCCCACCCGACUCAUAUGAUCUGCCCCAGCUGCCAUGCUGAAAUUGACACGGCUACUCAAACAAAACCUGGACUGAUUGCUUACAUUUCUGGAGCCAUCAUAUUCCUUUUAGGAUGUUUUCUGGGAUGUUGUCUCAUCCCCUGCUGCAUCGACAGUUGCAUGGAUGUACAUCACAAAUGCCCCAACUGCGCAGCCUAUCUAGGCCGGUACAGACGAUAAACAUCUCAAGCUGCAGUUUAUGAAAUGAAGAAAGAGGGGAAACCUUCAAAGAUCUGUAUCAGAAUCCUCCAUUACACCCUGCCUAUUUUAAUUAGCUUUUUUUAAUAUUAUCGAUGAUAUUCCCAUAUG